UGCUUUCUCCCGGACCCCCCCCCCCUCCCCACCACCCCCAGCGUCUCAGUCUCCCCUCGCCCGCUCAGGAUGGACGAGAGGCGGGCUGAACCGGACCACAACACCGGUGUUAACAACUCGGUAUCGCUUUACGGGGAGUUCACGGUGACCGGUAACCGAAAAGUCCGGUGUGCGGUAAGCUUGACCGAAAGGGAGCUCGUCGUCCAGAGGCUCACCUCGACACCUGUCGGGCGGAACAAGGCGGUCCUGAGCCUGAAGGACUGCGUUGGCUGCCGGGCUUACCGGGAAGAUGACAACGCGGACCCGGCCGCGAACCUGUCGGCUUACUUCUACCCGCUCAAACGCCGCUGGAUGAGUUCCGGGGUGUCGCGGCAGAGAGUGGAGCAGAGCUUUCGUCUCGCCGCGCUUCAAGACCCGCGCGCCAACUUGGAGGAGGCAGAGAAGUGGGCUCGCGUUGUCCGAGAACGCUCUGCCCGGCAACAGUAUCCUAGAGACGGAGUGCUGAUGAGCCAGUUGUCUCGGCCAUGCCGGAUGAUGCUGCUGGUGAACCCACAGAGCGGGAAGGGACAGGCGCUGACUCUCUACAACAACCACAUCCAACGCAUGCUCAACGAGGCGGGAGUCCCACACACGCUGGUCAUCACCGAGCAUCAGAACCACGCCCGGGAGCUGGUGAGGGAGGCCGACCUGUCGCAGUGGGACGCUUUAGUCAUCAUGUCGGGGGAUGGACUUCUGUUUGAGGUGAUUAAUGGUCUGCUGGAGAGAGAGGACUGGGAGGACGCCAUCCGGACCCCGCUGGGUAUCCUUCCUGGUGGAUCAGGAAACGCUUUGGCAGCGUCGAUACAUCACUACUCCAGAUCGUCUCCGGUGUCCAGCGAGGAGCUCCUGCUCAGCUGCGGUUUCCUGCUCUGUAAAGGUCUGGUGUCCCGCAUGGACCUGGUCUCGGUCCAGCUCUCCUCCGGCCCUCGCCUCUUCUCCUUCCUCUCCCUCGCCUGGGGCUUCGUGGCGGACGUGGACAUCGAGAGCGAGAAGUACCGCCACGUGGGAGCGGCGCGGUUCACCGUGGGCACGCUGGUGCGGCUGGCGUCCCUCCGGGUCUACAGGGGCCGACUGGCGUACCUGCCCGCCCCCGACCAGGAGACUCUGAGGAACGAGGUGACCCUGCACUGCAAUAAUCAGACGCUCAGGUCCAGAGACUCUGUCGGACAGAACACCUUCCACAACUCCUGCCACUCCAACAACUCCCUCAAAGCGCGGCGGACAGAGAGCACGCCGUCCAGAAGUCCCCGCAAGGCCCCCUGCGGCCCGACGGACUCCCUGCUGCCGCCUCUGGACCAGCAGCUGCCCGGGGACUGGGUGCUGGUUCAGGAGGAGGACUUUGUGCUCAUGCUGGCUAUGUACCACUCCCACCUGGCCGAGGACCUGCUGGCAGCGCCGGGCGCCGCCCCGGACGACGGGGUCAUCCACCUGUUCUACGUCCGAGCGGGGAUCUCCCGCGCGGCGCUGCUGAAGCUCUUCCUGGCGAUGGAGAAAGGCGAACACCUGGGGACCAACUGUCAGCAUCUGGUGUACGUGAAGGUGCGGGCGCUCAGGCUGGAGCCGUUCUCCCCCAAAGGGAUCAUCACGCUGGACGGAGAGGUGGUGGAGUACGGGCCGCUGCAGGCCGAGGUGCACCGAGGACUCGCCAGAUUAAUCACCGGAUGAACUUUAAAAAUGUAGCGCAGGGCAGGAACAGGAGGACGGCGUUAACUCCUCGACAUCAACCUCAAAACAUCGCACAGAGAAGUUCUGGAAUUAAGAACGAGCGAGACCCGUUAAGAGACCCAAAGUGUUCAACACAUAACGACAUUAAAAACGACCAGAACAGGAAGUAAACAAACCCCAAAAAAUAAUUUAUUUAUUCAUAAAGCGGCGGGAAAAAGCAUCUUUCUUUAGCCUGUUAGCAUGUAGCGUUGUAGGACUCGAAAAUCCAAGACCGGUCUCAAGACCACUUCUUGAAGUUCUCAUCUCGAAGCAUUUUGACCCAAAUUUUAGAUCAAGACCGGUCUAGACCACAACUCCCUAACACCGCCCCCUAAACACAAGAUGAUGAUUAUUCAGUGAUAGUUCUGGUCUUGGUCUCGGUAUUGGUCAUGGUAUUGGUCAUGGUUAUGGUCUUGGUCUUGGUUAUGGUCUUGGUCUUGGUCAUGGUUAUGGUCUUGGUCUUGGUCAUGGUCAUGGUUAUGGUCUUGGUCUUGGUCAUGGUUUUGGUCUUGGUCUUGACUCAGUCUCGAUCCCUUAAUGUCUCGGUCUAGGAGCACUCUAGUCUCGGGUAUGUCUGGGUCUCAGUUAGGGGGGUCUUGACUGGUCUUGACUACAACCC